AUUUUGAGGCUGAUACUGUAGCAUUUUACAAAGCUUGAAGGCUAAAACUUACAUGGCCCAAAGCAGUUGCCGGUAAUAUUUCUACUAUCCUCUCUUCACAGUCCGCACCAACAUCUACCCUCUUUUUCCCCGUAGAUCCAAACGAUUGAAGAAGGAUGCGAAGUUGAUCUAUGGGUGCUCUGAGGAAGAGUGGUGUUAGCUCAUAAGAAAGCUCAGUUAAAGAAAGAUCGAAUGAUGAGCGUGAAGCCUCAGGAAGAAGAUUACCCAGAUUUUGUGGAGUUUGAUCCCAGCGGAAGAUAUGGAAGGUACAACGAAAUUCUUGGCAAAGGAGCUUCGAAAACUGUCAGAUAUAGGGCUUUUGAUGAGUAUGAAGGAAUCGAGGUUGCUUGGAACCAGGUUAAACUUAAUGAUUUCCUUCAGAGCGCGCAGGAUUUGGAGAGGCUUUAUUGUGAGAUUCACCUCUUAAAGGCACUUAAGCACAAGAACAUUAUGAAGUUCUAUACAUCAUGGGUUGACAGUUCUAAGAGAAACAUCAAUUUUAUUACUGAGUUGUUUACCUCUGGAACCCUUAAGCAGUAUAGGCAGAGAUAUAGAAAGGUGAACCUCAGGGCAGUAAAGCAUUGGUGCAGGCAAAUUCUCAUGGGGCUUGUCUACCUUCAUAGCCAUGACCCUCCUGUGAUUCACAGGGAUCUCAAAUGUGACAAUAUCUUCAUCAAUGGGAAUCAGGGAGAGGUUAAGAUUGGUGAUCUUGGCCUCGCCGCCAUACUCCGCAAGUCCCAAGCCGUCCAUUGUGUUGGGACUCCAGAGUUCAUGGCCCCUGAGGUCUAUGAGGAAGAAUACAAUGAAUUGGUGGAUAUAUACUCUUUUGGAAUGUGUGUGUUGGAGAUGGUUACCUUUGAUUAUCCUUAUAGUGAAUGUACGCAUCCUGCUCAAAUCUAUAAAAAAGUUAUUUCGGGAACAAAACCUGAGGCUUUAUAUAAAGUCAAGGACCCAGAGGUGAGGCGAUUUGUGGAGAAAUGUUUGGUCGCAGCGUCACAGAGAUUGCCUGCUUGGGAGCUUCUAAAAGACCCUUUCCUCCAAAUUGAUGGUCUUGGCCCAGUGGUCGACAAUGGAGAUAUCAUUGAAAUCGGAUUGUGGCAACCUUCUUUAACUCUUCAACAUAGAAAUGGCUCAUUAAUUACGGAUGAACCAUACUUCAAGAACAGGUUGGAUUACACUGAUGAUGAGCUAGAAAUCCAUGGUAUGGAAUUGUUCAAUAAUCAAGAGGAGGAACAUUUUGGUAAUGUGGAUAUUGCUAUCAAAGGAAGAAGGAGAGAAGAUGGAGUAGUGUUUCUUAGGCUCAGGAUUACAGAUAAAAACGGCCAUGUGAGGAAUAUUUAUUUCCCCUUUGAUGUUGAAGCUGAUACUGCUCUGAAUGUUGCAGUUGAAAUGGUUUCUGAAUUAGACAUUACUGACUAUGAGGUAACAAGGAUAGCAGAAAUGAUCGAUGGUGAGCUCUCAACCUUGGUUCCUGGUUGGAAGGCAGGUCUGGGAAUUGACAAUUCAACUAGAUUCUAUUUGAAGAACCAAUGCAAGAAUUGCACAUCCAAUGCUUUCUCAUGCGAUUCGCCUCUAGACUUUCUUACUUUAAAAGGUCCCGGAUUCGAGAAUAUUCAGUCAUAUUACAGCUCCAAUCUUGAAUGCGCACCAGUGCACAGUCGAUUUGAAGAGAUUACUUACCAAGACGAGGUGUUGCAGGGAGAACUGGUGAUCUCUUCUGGUCAUUCUGAUGAACUGGCUUCAAGAGGAUGUCAUUAUCAUGAAGAAGGUGAUCACUUGUGUUCUUCCAAUAUGGAUGUGGAGAUUAGUAGCAAGAAGAAAAUAUCAAGUGAAUUAUGGGAUCUGAAUGUGAAUUCUGAGAACAAACACCAUGAAGAUGCAUCAAAUGUAGCAGAUGAACAUGAAAAUGAGAUCCAGUAUGAACUGAGUGAGUCAAAGGGAGAUCUGCAUCCAUCUCCUGAACGCUGCAACUUGAUUCAGAAAAUGGAAGAUGGCUUAAGUUGUAGUUCAUUGCUAGCAUCGAAAGGGGCGACAAUGAAGUCUUUUCAUCUUGGAAAUAAUCGUGGCUUUCAUAUUCCUUCUAACGAUCAAGUCCCUGAUUUUGAAGUUGACUUAAAUUUUGACAAAUUCUUCAGCAUCUCAAAUCCCAACAGAAAUUCUGAACCUAAGGUCACAGCGAAGAGCUUAUAUACUGGAAACAAUUUACCUUCUCCUAUAUUGAGAACCAAAUCUCUACCAGUUGAUGCAGUGGAUGUUUGAGAUUGUUGUAUAAUACUAUUUUUAAAAGAUCCAAAGAUUGGCUUUUUUCUUCCUUAACCAAACUAUUCAUUUAUGCAGAUCUGUUAGAUGAUAACUCCUUGUCAUUCUUGCUUUAUAGAUAAGAACUAACGGCUAGUUUGGUGUUGUAUGUAAUGUUUCUGAGCUGUAAAAUUUUGAGAAUCAAUGAAGAAAGGAAGAAUGCAUUUGUUCAAAAGCUUGAAA